AUGACUUUACAGAAUGUUACUUCCAUGAACAAUACACCGCAUCAUCUUCUGUUCAACUUGCAUUAUGUUGAUUUAUCUCAAUCAAAUGGUGUUUCCGUAUCGGUACAUAUUGAAAUCAAACCAUUAAAUCCAAGUCUCGGCUACCUGUUGAUAUAUAAAUUUGACAGUUUACCAAUGUUGAAUAGUUCUAUGUCUCAAAUUGAUCAGUGGUUCCUAUUUUGUCCUUCAAAUUUGACUAACAACCACAUUUAUGCUUAUUUUAUCAAUAAUCAACUAACAAAUCAUCACAAAUCACUGAUCUUUGGUUUACGUGAACUGAACACGACAGAAAUAUUUCACUAUUGUUCAACUCCAUCGACCAAUCCGCCCAUCACUAACGAACCAUUCCAUUUUACAUCGAAUUAUGAACUUCGCCUGUACACGUCCGGUUGUUACUAUCUUGAUUCAAAUAAUCGGUGGCAAUCCGAUGGAUUGAUUGUCGGCCCAUUGACAAAUGUGAAUGAAACAGAAUGCUUAUCGACUCAUUUAACAACGUUUGCAGGUGGAUUUCUGGCGUUACCAGCACCUGUCAACUGGAAUUAUGUCUUCGCAAAUGCAGAUUUCAAUCGCAACAAAAUAAUUUAUAUCACCGUAAUCUGCGUUUCUAUUCUUUAUCUACUCAUAAUGACCUAUGCACACUAUAAGAAUAAAACAGAUAUUGAAAAAUUAGGAGUGCUUGCAUUGGAAGAUAACUGUAAGAAAGAUCAGUAUUGCUAUCAAAUCAUUGUUUUCAUUGGAAAUCGAAAGAAUGCAGGAACCAAAUCUCGAGUUCAUUUCAUUCUUGCUGGUGAUGAAGAUGAAACACAAGUUCGAACCUUCAAUCAUUCCAAGCGGCAGAUAUCUCAACGUGGCCAAAUGGGCUCAUUUUUGUCUUAUAUUUGUUUUCUUGUUCUUCUUAACGUCGCCAGCUAUUCUCAUCGAAUUGACUAUCAAUUCAAAGAAGUCGAUCAUUCGAGAAAAUACCUUCUCAGUCCACAAAUUUCCACUAUCGAUGAAUAUUGGAAUCGGCUAGAGAAUGAUUCGCCUCGCAAUCUCUCUGGAUAUUUCGAUGAUAAAACAAAUCGACUGAUUGGAUGGUUCAAAAUGAUACAACUACGUGUCAAAUCUGAACAAUAUCGACCGUGGAAUUCUACAUGCGAUUAUGAUCUUCGUUCAUCAAAUGAAGAAAAAUGUUCAUUUGAAUCAGGAUGGUCAACUGUAUUAGUUGAAAAAGCUUUUCAAUACACAGCAGAUGUUUAUGUUUAUGACCUUCGAAGUAAUCUUUCUACACUUCGUCAAUUCAGUUGGAUUGAUAGCCAGACGAGACUUAUCGAGAUCCAAUCGAAUCUAUUCCAUCCAACUCUGAAUUUGUUCACUUCAAUAAAACUGCAAACAGAAUUUCACGUUGAUUCAUUUCCAUUUCAAAUGAUGUCAACUGUGUCUGAAUUAGUUUGUAAUAUUGUCUAUCUAAUAAUUAUCAUGUGUCUGAUGAUUGAACUGGUUCACUCAAUCAAACGAAUGAAAAUAAAAUACUUCCACAAUGUUUGUUCUUAUGUUAAUAUGAGUAUCAUCAUUUGCUCAUGGAUUAACAUGAUCAUCUUUGCAUUGAAAUAUCAGCAAGCAAAUAUCAUUGAGAAUUUCUUCAAUGAAACCAAUGACUAUGUUUAUAUUGAUCUGGACUAUGCAAUUCGUUUGGAUAAGUUAUUCAAGAACUUCCUGUACUUGGCUUUGGUUCUUAGUUGGAUCAAGAUUGAUCUCGUUUAUUCGCUUGUCCUAUUUAUUAUUCCUAUCGAAAUUGAAUUCACACAAAUCAACAAAAAUGGAAUUAUUUAG